CUGAAACUUGUUGUGAUAGGCUAGCAGCUGAGCUAACGGCUAACAACUAGCUUUUCCCCUCACCCCGUAUCACUCUUGAUAAACAAUUAUCAAGUCGUCGCUACAUAUCGCGUCGUCCUUGAACCACAAAAGAUGACUUCUGUACUGCAUGACCCGACACUUGAGCGUAAUUUCAAGGGCCACAAGGGCGCCGUGACGGGUGUGGACUUCAGUAGCAACAUGAAACAGAUCGCCACAAGCUCCACAGACUGCAGCGUGAUGAUCUGGAACAUGACACCUCAGAGGCGUGCGUAUCGUUUUGAUGGGCAUGAAGACGCCAUCACCUCCAUCCAGUUUUCUCCUUCAGGACAUCUGGUAGCCUCUUGUUCCAAAGACAAGACUGUGCGCCUUUGGGUGCCCAACAUGAAGGCUCAGUCAACUGUAUUUAAGGCUCACACAGCCACCGUGCGAAGUGUGAAUUUUUCCUGGGACGGUCAAGCUCUUGUCACAGCAUCUGAUGACAAGACGGUCAAAGUGUGGUCUGUCCAUCGACAAAAGUUUCUAUACUCUUUCAACCAGCAUAUCAACUGGGUCCGCUGUGCAAGGUUUUCUCCAGACAGCCGCUUGAUCAUUUCCUCCAGUGAUGACAAAAGCAUCAAGCUGUGGGACAGGAACAGCAAGGAAUGUGUUCAUUCUUUCUACGAACAUGCAGGUUUUGCAAACCACGUGGAGUUUCAUCCCAGUGGAACGUGCAUCGCUGCAGCCAGCACUGACAACUCAGUCAAGGUGUGGGACAUUCGAACCCUUAAGAUGUUGCAACAUUACCAAGUUCACAGUGGCGUGGUGAACAGUUUGUCUUUCCACCCAUCUGGUAAUUUCCUCCUCAGCGCAUCCAACGAUUCCACAACCAAGAUACUGGACCUCGUGGAGGGAAAACUGUUGUUCACACUGCACGGACACCAGGGUCCAGUAAAAUGUGUGGCCUUUUCCAGAACGGGGGAGUACUUUGCCUCUGGAGGUGCUGAUGAACAGGUGUUGAUGUGGAAGAGCAACUUCGAUGAGCCCAGUGGAACAGCCAACAACCAACAGUCCAACAACCAGGCCUCAGAUGAAACCCGAACUGCUGCCAAAAUGGGCCCUCGUCACAGUGGAACCAUGCAUCCUCACGCCUACAGAAGUUCCAGCACCACUUCCAGCCACAUGACUUCGAGUCCCACCCACGCAAAGGUCCACGGCCCGGCUCAACCCUCGCUCCAAGAAACCCAUGCCAAUGAGGAAACCAUCAGCCCUAAUCUUACAAGCACACUUGAACACAUUAUUGGCCAACUGGAUAUUCUCACGCAGACGGUGUCCAUCUUGGAACAGCGGCUGUCACUGACAGAGGACAAGCUGAAGGAAUGUUUACAGAACCAGGUGGCGUCUCAAGCGCAAACGUUUCCAGACGAGGGGAGCUGGACACCGGCCGCCCCGCACUGAGCCUCGUCGCUCGAGAUGCGGCAGGGACAAAUGUUGCAGAGGUGGUUGUUUGCGACAAAACUCUUUUCUGCUGAUGAAGUGUGUUUACAGUAGGCGACGUUUUCCUGCUUGCCUAAGCGAGACCUUUUUUUUUUUUUUUUUUUAAGCUGUUUUGGACAAACUUGGCAUCAAAUAGCAACCAAAGCUUCAUUCACAAUUUAAACAUUUGAUGUGAGUUCAUCCUCUUUCAAAAGUAACGUAUCAUAAGAAGACUGAUUCCCUUAAAACCAUCUAUAGGUCUAUAGACCGUCCUGUAGAUUCCUUGGUCAAUGGCAAUUGCCGCUUCUGUUACCAUGACAACUCACAGACACACAUAAGGACAUCAAAAUAUUUAUUUGUGGAGGUAGCAUUUCCUAAACUACACUAUGUGUACAUAACAGCUUGUAGUAUAUGAGCCAUCAAUAUAAAGUACUAUAGGCCCAUAAAAUGGCUCCAUAUGUUCUCGUUAAGUGAAAGCUAAUCUCGGGGUGCUUUUUGUAUAUUUGGAUUUGCUUUCUGUACUCGAACUACAACGUGACUUUUACUGUUGUAGCCCAACCUUCAUCUUGUGUUUUUAUCCUUUUUUUUUAUUCCCUUUCCUACUUGAAAUUAAAGAGACUCCAGAUGCUGUUUCAUAACUCCCUGCAA